AUGGCUCGCACAAACAAUAAUUCGGCGAAAGCCACGAAGAAGAAGACGGCGAAAGCCAAGACCGAGGAGUCGAUGGCGGGCGGCAUCGCCCUGGGAUGGUACGUGACAGGCUCUGGGCGAAGCCUGUCACAAGCCCAGCGAAAGGCGAUGAUCCGCCCCGUCGUCGCCAUCAAGUUCGAGGACCUCUCGAAGGAUCCCGUCGAUCGCGACAUGUAA